CGCAGCGUUCAGACGUGUUCGGAAAAACUGAAAACCAUUCGAGUGGCAAGACACAUAGCCAGCAUAAUAAGAAACCCCAGUCAACUGUGGUCACCGAUCGAGAGUGUUUCGUUCCGAGUGAAAAGUGAAAUCAGAGCCAAAACACAAAUCGCUUGGCCAGCAAAUUGAAAAGUGCUACAGAGACCAGAGAUAAAUUCUCUGCUCAAAACUACCAGUGUUAAAUCGCCGAUUUUCUUUGGAUUAACCAACGUUUGCCGACGCAUUUCUGUGGAUUAACCUCAUCGUCGCCGAAGCAAAGCUACGCAUUUGUAGCCUUGUCUCGCAACUCACGUGGAUUACCCUCGAGAAACCACACUAAGCAACUGAAAUGGUUGUCUUGGAAGGAGGCGGCGGCGUUGUUACCAUCGGUAACAACCAGUACCUUCAACCGGAUUAUCUGGCCCCAUUGCCAACGACGAUGGACGCCAAAAAGAGUCCCUUGGCUCUGCUCGCACAGACCUGCUCCCAAAUUGGAGCGGAUUCGUCGGCGGUGAAGCCCCUGCUGGCGAUGGACAAGAACAAGACAAAGCCCGGAGCCUGCUCCUCGUCGUCGAACUCAUCGAGUUCUUCGAGCAGUGCUGAGAUCUCGGCAGCCAAGUCGCCCUCCGGCCAGGCCAAAUCGCCCAAGUCGAGCACUCCAAUCAGCUCCACGGCCACCAGCACAAGUCUGGGUAAUACCAGCACCAGCGAGAUCAAACUGGCCUUCAAGCCCUACGAGACCAAUGUGCUGAGCCACCAGAACCAGAACUCCUUCAAGAGCAGCUCCUCUCUGGAGGCAGAGCCCACGCGUCCCAGCUCCAAGAACUCCUCGUCCGCCCAGGAGCGAGUGCCAUCGCGCAGCAAAUCAAAUGCCACGCCCACAGAUGGCGGCAAGGUGGAGAUCUCCGCGCACGAUUCCUCAUCCAGCCGGAAGACUGUCUCCCCGUCGGGAUCUUCGCAGCGCGGCGCCAGUCCCAUUGUGCGCUCCGGCAUGGAGGUGCUGAACAACGCCAACGGCACCGCCCAGCAUCCCAAGGAGAUGAGCAGCAUGGCAGCGGCGGCAGCAGCAGCAGCAGCGGCCUACAAGGCCGCCGGACCCUAUGGCCUGAAUCCCCUGUCCGCCCUGUGCUGCCCGCCCGGAAUGGAGCAGCACGCCAAUCCCGCGUUCCGGCCACCGUUUGCCGGAGGAUUCUCACACCACCACGCCGCCAUGCUGGCGGUGGCCGCCAAUGGAGUGUAUCCAGGAGGAGCUCCCGGCGGCGGACCAGGCGGACAGCCCAACCCCUACAUCAGUUACCAGCGCAUCAAGACACCAGCUGGCGGCGAGGCCAUAGUGCCCGUUUGCAAGGAUCCGUACUGCCAGGGCUGCCCCUACUCGGCGCACACGCAACAAAUGCUGAUGGGCGCCCCCUGCCCCGCCGGUUGCACCCAGUGCGAGCACCAGAAAUACGGCCUGGCCAUGGCCAGUGCCGCCGGACUGCCACCAGCUCACCCGUACUCCCAGGCAGCGGCCGCGGCUGCGGCAAACGCGGCGGCCGCCCGCUCGGCACCCUACGUGUGCAGUUGGGUGGUGGGCGACGCCUACUGCGGCAAGCGGUUCCAGACCUCCGACGAGCUCUUCUCCCACCUGCGCACCCACACGGGCAACCUCUCCGACCCGGCGGCUGCUGCGGCGGCCCUGGCCCAGUCGCAGGCUCAAUCCCUGCUGGGAACCCUAUUCCCGCCAUCGGCUCUGCGGGCUGGCUACCCAACGCCACCACUGAGCCCCAUGUCGGCGGCUGCGGCCGCGGCGAGGUAUCAUCCCUACGCCAAGCCACCACCAGGCGCCAUGGCCGGAGGACCCUCGCCCUUCGGCGCCGCUGGAGCCUUCAAUCCCGCCGCAGCGGCUGCGGCAGCUGCUCUGGGACCCUACUACUCGCCGUACGCCAUGUACGGCCAGCGGAUGGGAGCGGCUCAUCAGUGAAGUGACUUUCACAAAAGUUAGAUACCAAAAAAAGAAGGGGAUUACACUGAAGAAGAGACAACCAGAGAUAUAGGAUGAAACCAUUUCCAAACCCCGUUUGAGAUAAUUUCAUAGAAAACAAAAAGAUUAAAACACAAAACGAUUGCAAAGGCUGACACAUCUCUGGCUUUUGCGCUAUUCUGUGAUACUAAACUGUAGUUUAAAGAGCGCUAGUUACACUUAAGUUUCGCAAACAGAAAAUAAUCAACCACCUAAAGAGCAGUAGCAGACGCAAAAAUA